GAGGAGGGCCAGGCUGCUCUGCAGAGGGAGUGGAGGCCAGCAGAAACCCGCAGAGCCCAGAGAGAUAAGAUGAUCAGGAGGAAGAAGAACUGAGCUUCACACAUGAAGAGAAGGAAAGAUCUCCACCUCAGGAUGGAGGGGAGACACAGGGAGGAGGAGGAAGAGGAGGAGCACAACAUACCAGGACAAGAGAUCAGUGGAGAGCAGGAGGAGUGAGGAGGUGAGCAGAAGAUCUGCAGCUUCUCUUUGCUGCAGCAGCGAAAGCGAGGAGCUGCUAAAACUACGGCCCCAUGAGCCCAACAUUCAAGAAACUCCUCAUUCAGUUUUACCCAGAUGAAGUGAACAGCAGAGUCUCAACAGACGGUAAAUGCACGAUCAUAGAGAGAACCGAGUCUCUGAGGAAAAGCUCCAGCAACAUCAAGAAGACGCUGCCACCUGUUGCUGUUUCAAAGAUUGACAAGAAACUGGAGUUGUACACACAUGCUAUCGAGGUGUCCUCAAAGGAAGGCAGAUCAGGCAGUCAGGUGCUGACGGACCUGACGAGUCCCACUGAACCCGUCUCCUCCAAGAAGAACCUGUUUGAAGCCGGAGACGCCUGGAACCAAAACGCCAUCUCAGUCACACCAUCUAAGGAUGCAGGUGGUUUAAAAGUGGGUGUGGCUGAUCUCAUCAAUCAGUGGGUGAGAGGAAGUGAAGAUGGGAGCAGGUGCAGCUCGCCCUCCAGACCAACAGAGAACUCCUCUGGUAAAAGAUCUAAGUUUGUGGUGACGGGUCACGGCAAGUAUGAGAAGAUUUCUGUGGACAUCGACUACAGUGAAGAUGCAAACUGCCCCUCAGCUGGACAGUUCUACGAAGAUUUGUGAAACACAUGCUGGACUGGAAAAAACAACUUUGAUACUGCACAAACUUUAACCACUAUCACUUCAUCAUUCUCUGUAUUUCAAGCUUUAGUUUAUAAAUGGUACUUAAAUCCUGUUGUAAUGACAAAUAUCUAGGGCUGUCCUUAACCAAAGAAAUUCUUAGUCGACUAACACUAAUACAAUUUUGUUGACUAAUGGAUUACUUGAUUUAAUCGACAAAUCUGUGAAACUGAGUUUCUCUGCAAAGAAUCACACUAAAGCACCACUUUAAAUCUGGUGUCUACCAGAGAUGUGCUCAUAAAUUUCUUGGAAAUAAGUCAUUCAGCAUGAAAAGGCAUAAAAAAGACUGAUUGACUAAAGAAAUCAUAGUCAGCUAAGACCAAAACAACCUAUAAAUCGACUAAUGGACUAAGAGGUGGCAGCCCUACAAAUUUCUUGUCAUUUUAAAAAAGGCAGAUAAGCAAAUAGUGAGUCUUUUCUGUUUAUACUUUGCAGGUAUUCAUUUUAUCCUGUGAAUAAUAAUCUCAGUAGUAGUAAAACUUUUAAAAUGAUGAAAUAACUUCAAUUAAACACAUUCCUGAUGGUUGAUUCCACAAUA